GCUAAUCAUGAAGCAGAUUAAUGUAUCUGUCAUAGGCCUUUCGGGCACUGAAAAAGAUCGGGGUCAAGUCGGCGUGGGAAAAUCUUGCUUAUGCAAUAGAUUCAUUCGUCCGAUGGCCGACGAUUACUUUAUUGAUCACAUAUCAGUAUUGAGUCAGAGCGAUUUCAGCGGUAGAAUUGUUAACAAUGAUCAUUUCCUAUAUUGGGGCGAUGUACGAAAAACGACUGAAGACGGAGUGGAAUACAAUUUUCAAAUAAUUGAGCAGACGGAAUUCAUGGACGACUCAACAUUUCAUGCAUUUAAGGUUGGGAAAAUGGAACCUUAUUAUAAACGAUGUGUAGCCACCAAGGUGUUUUCUGCUGAAAAGCUUAUGUAUAUAUGUAAAAACCAGUUGGGAAUAGAAAAGGAAUACGAACAGAAAAUUAUGCCCGAGGGUCGUCUGUGUAUAGAUGGUUUCAUUGUAGUGUUUGAUGUUAGUCCAGUGCCCAAUCGGCCAGUUGAGAAGCAAGUUGAAUUUGUCCACAAUAUCAUAACAAAUAUACUGAAAAACAAAAAGCCACUUGUGCUUGUUACCACAAAGAACGACGACGCCAAUGAACUAUAUAUACGAGAAGCAGAAAAAAUAUGUCAACGUAAAGAAUACAAGGGCUUAGUUCAAUUGGUUGAAACAUCUUCGCAUGAAUCUAUAAAUAUAGAUUUGGCUUUUAUACUUCUUGCUCAAACGGUAGACAAAGUAAAAAGUCGCAUUAAAAUAACUUCAUAUCAUGAGGCUGCAAAGUCACGAAAGGAGCUGUUAGACACGCGAUCUGAAGCUGUAACGAGACUUAUUCGCAAUCAGAUAAUUGAUUAUCAUGUGCUUUGGUCGCAGGGAUCCAAAAUACUAGCGCAGUAUAGAGAGUGGACUGAAUUUUUGAACAUUUUUGGAAUAGAAGCUGGCCAAAAGCUCUUCAGGCGUCAUAUGAAAAAAUUACGGGAUGAUCAUUUAAACAAAAAAUUAAAUCAAUAUAUAGAUAAAUUUGCUAAUACACUGGAGUAUCUAUUGCCCGACAUAAGCAGCUUAGGAACUAUAGAUGAAAAUAUAUGGGUAAACGCCAAAGGCAUUUUGCGAACCCACCCCGACUUCGAACAAUAUUUUUUCGAAUGCCCUCAAGCUUCAUGGACCGAAUUAGUUGAUAUGGAAGAAGCAGAAGAUGAAGCUCGUAUUCCAUUUGAUGUUUUGGACACUCCGGAAGCGGAAACAAUAUUUAGAAAUUACGUGAAUGCUGUACAACAAGAUAAGAAGAAAAUAGGAUGGAAGCACCAGUUUAAACUUUUAUUGGAAGAGUCUGGAUUUGUGACCCCGGGAAAACAGUUAUCUGAAGUUCGUGUUCUCUUCAUGGGGCGUGAAUGUUUCGAGGCUUUAUCAGAACAUGACUGUCAACAAAUUUAUGAUAUUCAUCAAGACGAAAUAAUUGAGAAGAGUAAGCAAAACUUCAUAGAACUAUUGCUGGAGAACGCCCAAUUUUUUCAACAGUUUAAAAAUGUGGAUAUCAUUACCCAAGAAGAUGUUCGGGCUAUAACAGAUCUUAUACAGGACGAUUCCAGAUACAAGAUAUUGGAUAGGCUAGACCAGGAGAGAAGAGUGAUCCUGUUUCAGCAUUUAGGCUUUAUACACUGUCCCAUACGCGAACAUUGCCCAUUCUUCCACAAUUGCAUUGACAGUUUAGUAGACGAAUGCUUAGUAGACAAGUCCCCAAAUAAAAAAGGUUCCAGCAACUGGAAGUGUUCGAGCUCCGACAGAACUUUGAAUUUACUUAUUGUCGGGUCCGAGCACCUGGCUAGUGAUUUGCUCAAUGAUAUUCGGAUGUGCACUGGAUCUAAAGGGGAAUACGUGUAUGAGAAUCAAACUUAUUACCUAAAUUAUCGCAUUGCUAAUGGAGAUAUGGAAGCAUUUAAGUCAAUUGACGUCCAUUCGAGUGGUUUAAUUUGUGUUUACUCAAAUCAACAAUCAUUUGAAACACUUAAGGAUAACCUAGAACGCACAUUAUUAUGCAAUUUGGAAUUAGAGGACAAGUUUGAAAAUUUACCCAUCGUUUUAGUGUAUCAACCUCAAGAUUUAAAAGAAAAUGAAGUUGAGUACCUGCGUAAUGAAGGAUUACGAUUGUCUGAAAUGCUGCAUUGCGAUUUUAUUGACCAUCAACAAAAUCAACAAAAAUAUGUUUACGAUAUUCUUAAUAUUGUUAUACUUUCUUUGAGACUUUCAGAAAUGAAAAAUUUAGAUUCAUAUUCCACAAAUCACAUUGAUCUACGUAUACUUGUUUGUAUGUUUUGUGGCGACCAAUACGAUAUUGAAAACAUUGUGAACCCAUUAAUAGCUGAAUCAACAAAUUGCAAAUCGUCAGAACACUCAAUUUUGAUUGACGUGUUCAUAGGAGACUCAAAGAAGCGGAUUGAAUUUAUCCUAUCGUCUUACCAUGGUAUUAAUCAAUAUCGCGAAGAACUGAUUCAUGGGUAUAUCUAUUUUUAUUCUGGAAAACGUAGAUCUUCGUUUGCUAAUUUAAGUGUUUUAGCCGCACAAAAUUCCAACAUUCCAUUACAAAUAAUCGCAAUAACUGAAAGUGGAGGCGCAAAUGCUUUUUUUAGCAGUGAAAUUUGUCAAUUUCUAAUAACAGAAGGAAAUUCUUUGGCUGACAGAUGCAAAGGCAAUUUCAUGACAUUUUCUGCAGAUCAAUAUGUCAAGUUCGCUUUCUACACUCCAUUUUUGAAAAAUGUCUGGGAAAAUAAGUACGAAGUUGAGAAUCUACACGUGGAAGAGUCAAUAACUUUGGACUCCGGAGAAGGCACUUUAGAAAAUUCAGUAAAUCAACUGCCUAGACCACCGCCUCGGCAUGAAAGUUAUAUGUUGUCUAGCACCAUGGGUACGGAUGGAUCUGGAAGUGAGAAUUAUGAAAUGCUUCCAACGCGAUCUUUGAAUUCGCUCAAUGAGGAAAGGGAUAUAUCUCUAGAUGAAAUAUACGAUGACAACGAAAAGCCUAAACACCAUCACCAAAGGUUUCAGAUUUUCCCACCUCCAACAACUCCUCCAGAGCCUGCUCCACCUGAUCAUCAACUGAUAACGUGCACAUAUAAGAGUCAAUUCGUAUCGGCUUCCGAGUCUAGUUUGGAAGAAAUAACAUCAGCUGAUGUAAGUGGAUCAAAGGAUUCAUUGGCCACUCAUGAAGCAGAAUGGCUGGACGAUAAGAAUGAAACACGAAGAAAUUUAAACAAAAAUUCCAUUUGGAAUAACUUCAGUGGUUCGACACAUGCGUAUACAACCGGUCGUCGGCACAUUGAUUCAAAUUUAAAUAAGAUUCGUCCAAAAGGCCCCAGUCAAACAUUGAAGCAACCCGGAAAAUUAAAUAUGAAAAACUUUCAACUAGUAAGCGAUGCUGUAGCCAAAAUGAAUUUCGGGGGAGACACUUUUUUACCCACUUCAGAAGUUGAUAAAUGUUCUAAACGUUAUACUCACUUUAAUCAUACUCAAUUGGAUUGCGACGAAGAUGACUCGGAAGAGUUGGCUGAAUAUGAGCAGAUUUAUGAAAAUGAAGACUGCACUGAGUCUGACAGCUGUGCAAGUUCAACUGAACGGAAGGUGCGCCAGCAAAACAGUUCAUACUACAAACUUAAUAAAAAAACACCAACAAACAAAAAAACCAAGAAAAAAAAGAUUGCUAUUCCUGUGCAAACACCGAGAGUUCCAUUGUUUGGGUCUUAUGUAAGCCCACCGGAGAUUCCUCAGCACUAUCAUAGAACUGCAACUGAUACUAAAAAGCCCGGCGAACAUUGCUCAAAUGAACUCGUUAAAAAUGAUAAAUCACCAGAUUAUUCCAUGGUUCCUGAAAGUAUUAAUUUGUAUGGGACAGAAAAUUUGCCUGAGUUUAAUAUGAAUCCGAAAUCUUUGAAAGACUUUGAAAAAACGGAAAAACGGCGACUGAAGGAAGAUAAUGCCAGACUCCGGAAAUUGCAAGAAAAGGAAAAGGAACAAGAAAAGAAACACAAAAGGAAGUUGAAGCAAGCAUUAAAAGGAUUAUCAGAUAACACAGAAUCUCAUUUUGGAAAGCUAUUAAUCUCAGAGAAAGAUGAAAUUCCUACUUUUCUUAUAAGAUGUGUUGAAUUUAUUGAAAAAGAAGGACUUGACUCUGAAGGAAUUUAUAGAGUUCCAGGUAGUCGGGCACAUGUCGAUUUGCUUUUUCAAAAAUUCGAAGAAGAUCCACAUACGAUUAUUGAUGUUCUUGAUAUUCCAGUAAAUGCAGUAGCAACGGCGUUGAAAGACUUUUUUUCGAAGCGGUUGCCCCCGUUGUUUAGCAAAGAUAUAAUCAAGGAGCUUGAAGAUAUUGCAGGUUCACGAGGCAUUGGCUCAUCUAAAGUUAAUGUAGAAGUAAAAACUGAUAGAAGCUGCCGAUUGAUAUUACUGAAGACUUUAUUACAGAAAUUACCGCCCAUGAAUUUUUUGAUCCUAAAGUACAUUUUCGAACAUUUCGUUCAUGUAUCUGAGAAUUCCAAAUUAAACAGCAUGGAUAGUAAAAAUUUGGCUAUUUGCUGGUGGCCAACACUGAUUCCUAUUGACUUCACGGAUAUGAGCCAUUUUGAACAAUUGCGGCCAUAUUUAGAAGACAUUGUGCAGACGAUGAUUGACCAAUUUCCCUAUUUGUUUUGCGGAAAAGAUGCUUUUGUUAUGGUUUAAAUACUCGUACAUUCUAGUAAUUGUAAAAGCUUAAUUUUAGAUGUUAUUAUGUGGAAGAAUAUAAGGAAACUGUGUUUUAAUGGCUUUGUUGUGUGAAGUGACGUUUAAUUAAGAAUAUUCGAAUAUGUGUCUAAAAUAAUAAUUUAUAUUAUGUGUUAAAUUAUAUUUAAGCUAUAAAUGUUUUAAAUGUCUUGUGUGUAUGUUUAACGAGUUGUGUAGUGAUAUCUAUGCCAUGUGUAUGUAUGCUUAUAUAUAUUUUUUAAAUUGAAUGUAUUAUUAUUGUAGAUGUUGUUCUAUGAAUUGAACUAAAUUUAACUUUAUCAAAUAAACCCUUCUAAAAAAUAAAACUAACAAUUGUGAAUGAAAGAAUUGGAAUGCAUUCAAAUACCUACAUACAUAUAUACUUACACAAAUAGGACAAGUAAAAUAAGAACGAUAAUGGAAAGAUUUGUAUAAAUGUGUGUCUAUUUCAUGAUAAACCUUAUAUGUAAAAUAAUAAUGCAUUCGUAAACAGCGCGAUUUGAUGUAAUUAUAUUUUUUAAAAUUAUGAUAUUACGUGAAUCCAUACGGAUACCCGUCAUAAUCAAAAGCACAAACAUGAAAAUAAAAUAAUUCCAAACAAAGCAAA